AUGACAAAAUCGGUCAGAGAGGACCGUAAAAACUACUGGGCUAAAAUUGCAACCUCCAUGGAGCAGGCCUCAAACGUUGGUGAUACUCGAGAGCUCUACCAAUUUAUUCGCCAGGCUAGUGUCUCAUCCAACCCGCCUUCUGAAGCAGAAAUUGCUGAUGCCAUAAAAAGGCUGCGCAACAAUAAAGCAACUGGAAAGGACGGCAUACUCGGUGAAAUCUACAAGUCUUGUGCCGACACUCUGAUUUCUGGCUACAUGAGGUGCUUGGACAAGCAUGGAUAG